CCCCCUCGGAGGGACACUGAAAGCUGCGCUGACCCAGAGUGCUUUUCAUUGCAUCUGGAUCAGACAUAACAUGUUUCUCUUCAGCUGCUGAGCUGCAGCGAGUGGGUGCAGCAGCAGCCUCUAUUCCUUUCUGCGGUCGGACGAUGAAGGGUAGGAGGACGAUGAUGCUGCCUUCAUCACCUCCCCCCUGCACAGUCACUUCCUCUGAGAGAGGGAGGGAAGAAGCAAGAACAGGAAGAAAAGAGCUGAAGAGACAGAGAGGCAUGCAAGUGGAGGAGAGAGCGGAAGAAGGAAGCCAUUUUGGUUCCACGGCGACAUGUCUGUCUGGUCGUCGCCUUUUUCUUCUGAUUCCCUGCCUCCGAGACCUAGACUGUGCUGAGUUCGAGGAAGAUGUCACAAUUUCUUUGAAAGUUAAGUAGAAGUUUGGUUUUCAGUUUGAGGGAAGGCGGGUGAGAAACGAGGCCUUUCCCUCAGAACAAGGAGGCUGUUGGGAACAGAUCGUGCAGCAGAUGAUCUCCUCCCCUUAGAGGAAGCAACGUCUUAAGGGCAGCAGGACAGACACCGAGGACCUGGAAGAAUGAGCUCGGACCGAGUGCCGUCCAAAUCAGAAGUGAUGGGAUGGAGCCCACAGCAGCUGGCAGACUACCUGAAGAGGAUGAAUCUGUCCGGCUGUGAUAAGACAGUGCUGAAAAACUCCAUCAACGGCUCCAGAUUUGUGAACCUGAGUGACAACGACCUCCAGAAGUUCCCCAAACUCCAGGCUCCUUUUAUCUCCAAGAUCAGCACCGAAAUCAGCAAAAAGGAGGAGAAAAGGUGCCUCUUUGGCAAGAAGUCAACGCCCAAAUAUUACGAACCAGCAGACACCAGUGCUGAUGUUCAAGGUUGGGGCGAGGACGAGUUUGACAACGAGGACUUUGACGACGACUAUGAGAGUCCGUUCAGCGGAGACGAGGACGGCAGCGUGGGAGACUAUGAGUCCCCGAAUGAGGAGGUGGACGGUAAUGACUAUGAGCCUCCUCCCUCAGAGCCCACGGAGGACCUGCCUCAUAAGCUGUGCCCCCCGCUGCCCCCCGGGGAGUACAUAGAUAACCACGUGCGUCCUCGGGGCCUUCCUCCUGUUCUGAGUCCUCGACCCCAAGUGGCCUCGUUGUCGCCUCCGGUGCCGGCAGAGUCGGCCUCUAGAAGGGACCCGUCUCCUCACGGUGGUGGACGACCUUCAGCAAAAUAUCCUCCGGAACCGCCUCAGAUCUGUCGCGACAGCAAACCCCGCAGAGAUCAGGGAUUCAGUCCAUCGCCCAUCAGAGGACCUCAUCGGAACACGGUGGACAGGCCAUGCUCACAAGCUUUAAAGCCUCCACCUGUUCCUCCGUCCAGCGCCUCCAUCAGCAGGAGCAGCUCCUCCGCCCGGCCGUCACACAACAGGUUCAACGGAGGGCGAGAGCAAACACACAAUGAAGCUCCUAAACACAACAUCUUCCCCCUUCAAACUAAAGGUCUGCCCCCCCGCCCCGGACUCCCUGGGCCUCCCUCCCGUCACCCAGAGAGUGUUCCACUUGCUACAGCUUCUCUGCCUCACAGGCUGAAAUCCGCAUUGGCCGAACACAGAAGCAGCUUCAGUGGAGCAGAAACUCAACAGUUUCCUGCUCCUCCUCCACCAGCAUCAUUGUUACAAACUCAGGAUCUGGAUCCCGUCUGGUACGUGGGGAAAGUGACCAGAGGCCAAGCAGAGGGAUGUCUGAGGCGGGUCCAGAAGGACGGCGUCUACUUGGUGAGGGACAGCACUCGGCAGCUGGAAAAUCAGCCCUUCACCCUGAUGGUCUUCUACCAGGACAAAGUCUACAACAUCCAGAUCCGACAGCAGAAGCAGCAGUUCCUGCUGGGAACGGGACUCAAAGCGCAGGAGUAUUUCCCGUCGGUUGGUGAAAUCAUCGCUCAUUACUCCAGCUCUCCUCUGCUCCUCAUCGACGCCAAGAACCGCAGCUCCAACCAGCAGAACCAGUGUGUGCUGUCUGAACCUGCCGGGUACUACAUGACUGGGCCCAACCGGUUGUGACCAGCGAAGUGGGUCCAACCAAACUUAAGGAGAAGACGGAGAAAUCAACGUCCACAGAUGGAAAAGCAGCCGAUCUUUGCACACGUUGCUUUGGCUUGUUUUAUAUUUCAAUAUUUGCCUUUUCAGAAUGGUUUGUGUCAGUUCUGGAGUUUGGAGUGUUUGUUCAAACUAUACGAGUGGAUGUUUCGGUCAACAGCUGCGCUAAAUAAAGCCCAACUUUAACGACUGCCACCUUCUAAACAUUUAUUUUGACGCAGUUCUAAUGAAUUUUCAGUGAUCUACAAACAAAUACAUUAAACUAAAUCCUGCUUCAAUUUUAAAA